AUGCUGACUAUGUUGUUGUUUCAGGAGGACAAAAAAUGUUUCAUAUGUGACUCCGAGGAUCCCUUCCAUGAUACUCUCAAUCCUGACAGUCAUCGCAUUGAAAACGUCGUCACCACAUUCGCUCCAAAUCGCCUGAAGCUCUGGUGGCAGUCAGAAAAUGGUUUGGAAAAUGUGACUAUCCAGCUGAACCUGGAGGCUGAGUUUCAUUUCACUCAUCUCAUUAUGACCUUCAAGACAUUCCGUCCUGCUGCAAUGUUGAUAGAAAGAUCGUCUGAUUUUGGAAAAACAUGGCAAGUAUAUAGAUAUUUUGCAUACGACUGUGAGAGCUCAUUUCCUGGGAUUUCAACUGGACCCAUGAAAAAAGUGGAUGAUAUCAUUUGUGAUUCCCGAUACUCCGACAUUGAACCUUCAACUGAGGGAGAGGUAAUAUAUCGUGUUUUAGAUCCUGCUUUUCGAAUUGAAGAUCCAUACAGUCCACGGAUCCAAAACCUAUUAAAGAUCACGAAUCUGAGAGUCAAAUUCAUCAAGCUGCACACGCUGGGAGAUAAUCUCUUGGACUCGAGGAUGGAGAUCAGAGAGAAGUACUACUAUGCCAUCUACGACAUGGUGGUUCGUGGGAACUGUUUCUGCUAUGGACACGCCAGUGAGUGUGCGCCAGUGGAUGGUUUUAAUGAAGAAGUGGAAGGAAUGGUCCAUGGGCACUGCAUGUGCAGACAUAAUACCAAAGGGUUAAACUGUGAGCAGUGUUUGGAUUUCUACCAUGACUUACCCUGGCGACCCGCUGAAGGCCGCAAUAGUAACGCAUGCAAAAAGUGCAACUGCAAUGGCCACUCCAGCCAGUGCCACUUUGACAUGGCUGUGUACAUGACGACGGGGAAUACCAGCGGGGGAGUGUGUGACGACUGCCAGCACAACACUGUAGGACGCAACUGCGAGCAGUGCAAGCCAUUCUACUUCCAGCACCCAGAGAGAGAUCUGCGGGACCCCGACGUCUGUGAGCCUUGCGACUGUGACCCAGCUGGCUCACAAAAUGGUGGCAUCUGCGAUCGCUACACUGAUUUCUCCACUGGCCUCAUUGCCGGGCAGUGCCGUUGUAAAUUAUUUGUCGAAGGGGAGCGUUGUGACAUCUGCAAAGAAGGUUUCUAUGGCUUGAGUGCCGAUGACCCAGUGGGUUGUCAGUCUUGUGCGUGUAAUCCUCUGGGUACCCAUCCCGGGGGCAAUCCUUGUGAUUCGGAGACAGGAAACUGCUAUUGUAAGCGCCUGGUGACAGGAAGGCAGUGCGAUCUCUGCCUGCCUGAGCACUGGGGCCUGAGCAAUGACAUGGAUGGAUGUCGGGCGUGCGACUGUGACCAGGGAGGAGCGCUGAACAACAACUGCUCGAGUCAAUCUGGCCAAUGCGAAUGCCGGCCCCACAUGUUUGGACGGCAGUGCAACCAGGUGGAGCCUGGCUAUUACUUCAUUUCGCUCGAUCACUACAUCUACGAGGCAGAAGAAGCCAGCUUGGGUCCCGGAGUAAACAUAAUAGAGCGCCAGUACACACCGGACCGCACACCGUCGUGGACAGGAAUAGGAUUUGUAAGGGUCCCUGAGGGGGCAUACCUGGAAUUCUACAUCGACAACAUCCCUUACUCCAUGGAGUAUGAUAUUGUGAUUCGCUAUGAGCCACAGUUGCCGGAUCAGUGGGAAAAAGCUGUGAUCAGUGUCUCGCGCCCAGGCAAGAUUCCCACGGGUAGCCGGUGUGGCAAUACAGUUCCUGAUGAUGAUAAUCAGGUCAUCUCGCUGUCACCUGGCUCGAGAUACGUUGUUCUCCCGCGGCCUGUCUGCUUUGAGAAGGGGCUGAAUUACACCAUCCGCCUGGAGCUGCCCCAGUACUCCUCGGUGGAUACAGAGACGGAGAGCCCGUACACGCUCAUUGACUCUCUUGUUCUCAUGCCAUACUGCAAAUCGCUGGACAUAUUCACAGUGGGAGGCUCAGGCGAAGACGUGAUCACAAACAGUGCUUGGGAAACUUUCCAAAGAUACCGGUGUCUGGAAAACAGCAGGAGUGUUGUGAAAACCCCCAUGACAGACGUCUGCAAGAACAUCAUAUUCAGCAUUUCUGCGCUGUUACACGAGACUGCGUUAUCAUGCCAGUGUGACCCCCAGGGCUCCCUGAGUUCAGUGUGCGACCCCAGCGGAGGACAGUGCCAGUGUCGUCCCAACGUUGUUGGAAGACAGUGCGACAGAUGUGCCCCUGGCACCUUUGGGUUCGGGCCGAGCGGAUGCCGACCGUGUGAGUGUCACGUCCGAGGCUCUUACAACGCCUUCUGCGAUGCGGAGACGGGCCAGUGCCACUGCUUCCCCGGGGUGUACGGGCGGCAGUGCGACCGCUGCCUGCCUGGCUUCUGGGGCUUCCCUAGCUGCCAGCCCUGCCACUGCAAUGGCCACGCCGACGACUGCAGCCCCUACACCGGGGAGUGCCUGAGCUGCCGGGACCACACGGCAGGGCACAACUGCGAGAGGUGCCAGGCUGGCUACUAUGGAGACCCUAUCCUGGGAUCAGGCGACCACUGCCGCCCCUGCCCUUGCCCUGAUGGCCCCGAGAGCGGACGCCAGUUUGCCAGCAGCUGUUACCAGGACCCGGUCACACUGCAAGUCAUGUGUGUCUGUAGCGUGGGAUACAUAGGCAGUCGAUGUGAUGAAUGUGCGUCUGGCUUCUUUGGGAGCCCCGACGAGGUUGGCGGCGCCUGCCAGCCCUGCCAGUGCAACAACAACAUCGACACCACUGACCCAGAGGCCUGCGACAAGAAGACGGGAACGUGCGUGAAGUGCCUGUACCACACAGAGGGCGAAAACUGCCACCUCUGCAAAGAGGGCUACUAUGGGAGUGCCCUGCAGCAGGACUGCAGAA